AUGAACGCCCUCGAGGUGAUGGACCCCAACAUGGACGGUGGCAUGUCCUAUCCCCUGCACCUUGUUGACGAAAAAGAUCGCGAGGGGACUAGUAAGCCAUUUGAUGUACAAGAUGCGCUGAGCGCAGACGAGCUGUGCUUUUUGCUCGACCGCCUCCUUGCGUGCGAGCUUGCAUGGAUGGAAGGCGCAGCGCUCGGACAGACUCUGUAUACGUGCAUCUACUACCAUGAAUACGUCGUGGCCGGCGUGAGCGCGUCGGACCACUGGUCGCAUGCCGCACUCUCCCUGUUCCUGCUUGCGACCGCCAAGUGCUGUGCGCUUCAGUGGCACGAGCUUAUGCGGCAGCACGUCUACGACGGCGAAGACUUUAAUGGCGACCUGGGCAGCGUAGCGCUCCCGGAUGGCGUGGAAACCAACCUAAUCUUGACGCAGCUCGAUGCAAUGCACCGCCGCAUCGCGCUCGAGGCGCCGCAGGACGCUUCGUCAAUAGGCGCGCGCCUCGCGUUCCAACGCGCCUGGCUGGCGUGCCUCGCAUCGCUGUGCAAAGACGUGCCGGACGGCGUGUACGCCGGAGUCCAGCUCGAGUCGUGCUUGAAGCAGUGGAAGCUCCUCAAGCCCGGCACAGAGACGCUUCCGCACUCGUCCAUUGCGCCGCUGGGCGAGCCGCACCUGUGCGAUGCGCCGCCUGGCGCCCUGGGCUACUUUGACGUGACGCUGAGCCGCACGUACUCGUCGCACAUUCCCAUGCGCCCGCUCGCUUUGCCGAGUGCCGAGCAGGUGUGGCAGCGCUGGGACACGAUCAUGCGCACCGACAUGCGCUUCGUACUGCGCGUCGUCUCGAGCGACCAGGUGAUGCAGUGGCUUACGUUGCUGUCGCACGCCGCGCUCGCAUUCCAGACGCACCAGGUCGUGCCUUUUGCACGCUCGCUCGUACAGACGUGCAUGAGCGACGGGCGCACGUCGGCAAGCGGCACACGCGACCUGGAGCACGUCGCGCUGUGCGCCAUCGAGAGCCUGAGCGGCGUGGCGAUGCAGGAUGUCCUCGUGCGCCUCGAGUGGUUCCAGCAGCGCGAGCCGACGUCGACCAUUGCGACACGCACGCUGCGAUUUGUGCAGACCUUUUCGGGGCUGCUGGUACAGCUCCUCUCUGCCUUGGCCAUGAACCGGUCGCGGCAGAAGCGCAUGCUCGCCAAGGCGUACAGCGCGUGGGCCGACCUUGCGGACGAUGCAGCGCAGCUCGGAGGGGACAUUGAACGCGCACUCACCGCCCCCCGCUUUCCUGCAUCGAUCCUGCGGCUGUCGGUGCACUUUUUUGCGCUCUUUCAGCAGAUGCACAUCCUCGGCGCGGGCUUCGAUCUCGAGCUGUAUGCCCCGCCCGAGCGCGGCGCGAUGUACUUUUGCCUCGCACAGACGCUGGAGGAGCAGCGCGAGGUGUGUAUGUCACUUCUCACGACACUCUCUCCUACGCCGUCGUACGCACGCCCCUUGCAGCGCUGGGCGUCCCUAGCACAUGCACAGUCAAAGCUCGCCCACGCCUAUACCAUGCUCUACCUCGGGGCGUACGGCGAGCGGGCGCUGCGCAGCGACAGCGAUGCCGCCUAUGCCGAGGCGGCCUUUGCACGCCGCAUCAAGUGGCUGCGCCGGCCUGCGUGGUCGCCGCCCGCGUCGCUGCGUGUGUUGCACCGCAGCGAGGAUCCCCACUCGAUUGCGGCGGUGUGGGCCGAGUGGAUCGAAUUUGCACGCAUCUACCUUGCCGAGACGCCCACCGAGCACGUCGCUCGCAUCCGUUCGCUCCUUGCGGCAUGCGCACGCAGGGUGCACGCCGCGCAGGAGCGGCGCACGCUGGACGUAUGGACGCACCUGUGCCCCCACGAGUGCGUCGCGGCCGACCAAGGCCUCGCGACGCUCUGUGCGGAUCUCGAUGCCCUUGUGGCCAUCCGUGGUUUCCGCAGGUGA